CGCGACUGGUACUCCGCCCCUACUUAAGGACUUCUCCCGCUCCCCACCAAAGCUCAAUCUUUCCCUCCUCCAACUCACUCUCAAUCCACACACCCAAUCAACCAUCUAUUCCGAUAGCAAUCAAUCACAACCACCACCUUCUUCGCACUCCCACCGCGACUUUCACAUUCAAAAUGGCUCGCACUAAGCAGACCGCCCGCAAGUCCACUGGUGGCAAGGCCCCCCGCAAGCAGCUCGCCUCCAAGGCUGCCCGCAAGAGCGCCCCGUCGACCGGUGGUGUCAAGAAGCCUCACCGCUACAAGCCUGGUACCGUCGCUCUCCGUGAGAUCCGUCGCUACCAGAAGUCGACGGAGCUGCUCAUCCGCAAGCUGCCCUUCCAGCGCCUGGUUCGUGAGAUCGCCCAGGACUUCAAGUCCGACCUUCGCUUCCAGUCCUCCGCCAUCGGCGCUCUCCAGGAGUCAGUCGAGUCCUACCUCGUCUCCCUCUUCGAGGACACCAACCUGUGCGCCAUCCACGCCAAGCGUGUCACCAUCCAGUCGAAGGACAUCCAGCUUGCCCGUCGCCUGCGCGGCGAGCGCAACUAGAUCGUCUGCUUCAGUCUAAUUUCACGUCUACUGGCUUUGAAGUCUUAUGAUCAUGGUGGGAGCACUUGUUGAUUCGGGUUCGUACUGGGUUUCGGGGAUAAUAUCCGGCGUUUUAUUUGCGCGUUGAUUUUCUACAUCGGGAUUGUACAUUAGGGAUACCACGUCUUGACAGCCGGCAGCAGAGUUGACCGCGCUAGACUACAUCCCAAAGAAAGAAACAUUUCAAAACAAACCCGACGUGUCAUGUCGCGUGCUUCGUUCUCAGA